GUAUAAAAGAUAGAGGAAAAGAGAAAAUGAAAUCCUUCCUCCUCCUCAUAUGGGCCUCCUUGUCCAGGCCCCUAACCUCGCCGGCGCUCGGCGCCCGACCGCCCUCGUCGUCCGGAGCGACCGCGGAGGGCGGUUCAAGGUCACCGCCGCGGCGUCCGGUGGCUCUGUGAAGGAGGAGGAGGAGGAGAAGGGGACCGGAAAGAAGGAGAAGAUAGAGGAGGAGGAGGAGAAGGGGACCGGAAAGAAGGAGAAGAUAGUGAUUAGAGUCUUGGACCCCGUUCGGGAGAGGAGGCUCCCGCCGCCUCUGUUCUCAGCCCCAGAGACUCCGGCAGAGUCCCCGGCGGCGAUUCGGCGCCCGGAAGAGGACGGGGAAGAAAGGCGGAGGUACUACGUGAACAUGGGGUACGCCAUCCGGACGCUGAGGGAGGAGCUCCCUGACGUAUUCUGCGAGGAACCCAACCUCGACAUCUACAGGUUUGUUAUGACGUUAUUGACUCUGCGUGCCUGACAUGAAUGGAUAGUUUGCAGCCAGUCUUAGCAAAAGUUCUAUCCUUUUCCAUGUGUGGGAAUUUUUUUCAGUUGGCUAAACAAUUGUAAAAAGAUGUGAAAUUUCUCGAGAGAGUCAUAUGUUGAACUGGGUAAAAUCUUAGGGUAUGUUUGGUUCCUUGCCACACUUUGCCACACCUAACCUUAAGCAAGUUUGAUCAAGUUAGGUAGGUGUUUGGUUCUAGCCACAUCUAAGGCAAGAAUUUUUUUAUGAGUAGUGAACCCCACAUGUCAUAGACA